UUUUUUUUUUUUUUUUGUGUGUGUGUGUGUGUGUGUGUGUGUGUGUGUGUGUGUGUGUGUGUGUGUGUGUGUGUGUGUGUGUGUGUGUGUGUGUGUGUGUGUUUAUUACCUGUCCACAAUUACUGCCCUUUGCCCUCUGCACAAUAAAAAGGUAGAAGGUGCUCGUGCAGGUGAAACUCAGCGUCUGCAUUUUGUGUCGAGAGAAAAUACACCAUUUCAGGAGUAAAAACACAGGUUUGAUUUAACACACCGAUGUUGGAGUGAAGUAAACGUGUAUCCUGCUGUAAUCUGGAAAAGGAGACAUGACCUCCAACAUGAGUGUGUCUGGAAAACAAGACUUAAAGAAAGACAAGAGAAUGAUGGAGGGAAAGAAAUCAGCCCCCCCAGAACCCAGCUGUGUGUCCAUGAAGAGUGAUGCGUCAAUGGAUAUUCCAUUUCACUUCAGAGACAGUUCUCCUGAUGCAAGACCACAAAAUAAGGAAUCAAGCAUCAGCAGAAAUCAGUUGGACUCCAUAUUCAAGGAGCUGGAACACAAAGUCAUCACUCUGAUAAAGAAUGAGCUGAGAAGGUUUAGGAAGCUCCUUAGUCCAGAUUACCCAGCAUGCACUGAGAGGGGGGUGGAGGAUGAGGAGGAUCUGCACAGCGUUAGAGAGGGAGCGCUGAAGAUCACACUGCACGUCCUGAAGAACAUGAACUACACGGAUCUCGCUAACACACUGCAGAACAAGUCUUUGAGAUCUACACAAAGCUCUACAUCACAGGGUUGGAGUGGAGAUGUCAAUAAUGAACAUGAGACGAAGUCUUCAAGAAGCCUCUACAUCAUGUGCCACAUCCCAAUCUUCUGCUGGAUCUCAGCCACUGUUCUAGAGAGAAUGUUGGGUGAAGCAGAGAGUGGAGAGAUCCCCAAGACUCUGACUCAAAUGUUCACACACUUCCUGAUCAUUCAGACCAAACACAAGGACCGAAAGUACCACCAAAAAUGUGACCCUGAUCCUCAGCAGACCAGAGAGAGUAUCCUGGCACUGGGAAAACUGGCUUUCCACCAGCUGGAGAAAAGAAACCUGAUCUUUUAUGAGGAAGACUUGAGAGAGUGUGGCAUUGAUGUCAGAGAAGUGUCAGUGUACUCAGGAGUGUGUACCCAAAUCUUCAGAGAGGAGUUUGGGCUUCACCUGGGGAAGGUGUUCAGCUUUGUACAUCUGAGUGUUCAGGAGUUUCUUGCUGCUUUAUUUGUCUUUGUCUUAUAUCUUUAAAACAAGAAUGUGCUAAUGGAGCAGAAUCCUAGAACUUUAAAGUUCUUCAGAAAUCCAACCAUGCCUGAUUUCCUCAGGAGUGCAGUGGACAAGGCCUUACAGAGUGAGAAUGGACACCUGGACCUGUUCCUCCGCUUCCUUCUGGGUCUCUCACUGGGGUCCAGUCAGACUCUCUUACGAGACUUAAUGCCACAGACAGGAAGCAGCUCUCACAACACAGUCAAGUACAUCAAGGAGAAGAUCAGGGAGAAUCCAUCUCCAGAGAAAUCCAUCAAUCUGUUCCACUGUCUGAAUGAACUGAAUGAUCAUUCUCUUGUGCAGGAAGUCCAAACUUAUCUGAACAGAGGAGGUUACAGUCGUCUCAGUGGAACCAGACUCUCUCCUGCUCAGUGGUCAGCUCUGGUGUUUGUGUUACUGAACUCAGAACAGGAGCUGGAUGUGUUUAAUUUGAGGAAAUAUGACCCAUCAGAGGAAUGUUUUCUGAAGCUGCUGCCAGUGGUCAAAGCCUCCCAAAAAGCUGAGCUGUGGAAGUGUGAUCUGACAGAGGAAAGCUGUAGAGGUCUGUCCUCAGUUCUCAGCUCAAAGUCCUCCAGACUGAGAGAACUGAACCUGAGUAACAAUAAACUGCAGGAUUCAGGAGUGAAGCUGCUUUCUGCUGGACUGCAGAAUCCAAACUGUACACUGGAGAUACUGAGGCUGUGGGGGUGUAAUCUGACAGAGGAAAGCUGUAGAGUUCUGUACUCAGUUCUCAGCUCAAACUCCUCCAGUCUGAGAGAACUGAACCUGAGUAAUAAUAAACUACAGGAUUCUGGAGUGAAGCUGCUCUCUGCUGGACUGGAGAAUCCACACUGUACACUGGAGAUACUGAGGAUGUGUGAGUGUAAUCUGACAGAGGAAAGCUGUAGAGUUCUGUCCUCAGUUCUCAGCUCAAACUCCUCCAGACUGAGAGAACUGGACUUGAGUAGCAAUAAACUGCAGGAUUCAGGAGUGAAGCUGCUCUCUGCUGGACUGGAGAAUCCACACUGUACACUGGAGACACUGAGGCUACGUGUGUGUAAUCUCACAGAGGAAAGCUGUAGAGUUCUGUCCUCAGUUCUCAGCUCAAGCUCCUCCAGUCUGAGAGAACUGGACCUGAGUGACAAUAACCUGCAGGAUUCAGGAGUGAAGCUGCUCUCUGCUGGACUGGAGAAUCCACAGAGUACACUGGAGAUACUGAGGCUGUGUAGGUGUAAACUGACAGAGGAAAGCUGUAGAGUUCUGUACACAGUUCUCAGCUCAAACUCCUCCAGACUGAGAGAACUGGACCUGAGUUACAAUGAACUGCAGCAUUUAGGAGUGAAACUGCUCUCUGCUGGACUGGAGAAUCCACACUGUACAUUGGAGAAAGUGAGAUGGUGCUGCGGCGUCGAUGUGCAUGGACAGCUGGAGAGCACACACGUGCACGAGAUUAUGGAAGGAGGACUGUUUCCUAUGGACACGUGCCUUUGUUUUGGUAUUGUUCUCUUCCUGUUCAGGUAUUGGUUGAUGUUCGAGGGUGUGUCAUUAUUGGUCCCAGCUUUCUGUGUUCAAGUGUGAUUAUGUUUGUUAUUUAAAGCCCUCGUGUUGCUGUGCACUUCGCAGUAUUGAAUGAAUAACUGAAUGUAUAGGUGAAUACGUUUAAGUGUGCUAAACGGUCGUGUUUUCGUGU